AUGUUUUAUACCUUUCCUUCAUCUCUUUCUUUCAUCUCUUUUAUUUUUCCCUUUCAUAAAAGAAAUUUUUUCAUUUUUUUUUCAUUUUUUUUUUCUUUUUCAUUUUUUUUCCUGUAUCUUUUAUUCUUUCCUAUCUUUCGUUUCUUUUAUCUCCCUUAUUUCUUUAUCUCUUUCAUUCCUUUAUAUGUUUCUUUUCUCCCGACAAUAGGAGAAACUAAUAUCCUUUUCUUUCUUUUUCUGACUCAUCAACCUGAUUUAUUUCUUUUCUCCUCUUUUUUUCUUCAUAACAUAUUUCUUUCUUUCUCUCUUUUUCUUCAUUCUUUUCUUUCUCUCUUUCUUCGUUUCUCUCUUUCUUCGUUUCGUUUCUUUUUUCGUUUCGUUUCUUUUUUCGUUUCCUUUCUUUUUUUUGUUUCUUUCUUUCUUUCUUUCUUUUUUCUUUCUUUCUUUCUUUCUCUUGUUUCGCGCCUCUUUUUUGUACCCGUCAUUUUUUAUACGCGUUACUUCUUCAUUCCUUUUUUUUCUUAUUCCUAUUAUUAUUCCCUUUACUUUCCUUCCCCUUUACUUUCCUUCCCCUUUACUUUCCUUCCCCUUUACUUUCCUUCUUCUCUCAACCCUCUUUCCUUUUCCCAUGCACUGCCCUCCCUACCAAAUCUAAAAUCUUUCCUUUCUGACGAUUCUGUUUUAUCAUUUCCCACCUUCCUGUCAAUCCCAAAUUGCUGCCUGCCACUUCCGCCAUCGCCUAAAUCGCUUGGCUAA